CUCUCUCUCAUCGCUCUGCCUCUCCAGUAUUUUCUCAGUCGCCGUAAAAGGCAGAACUCACUCACACACACACACACACACACACCGGCGUCAGGAUGUCGAUCGUCAGCAUAGUUGCCAGGGAGAUCUUGGACUCCCGUGGAAACCCCACUGUUGAAGUGGACCUGCGCACAGAAAAAGGUCUGUUCAGGGCUGCGGUGCCCAGCGGAGCAUCCACAGGGAUCUAUGAGGCUCUGGAGCUCCGAGAUGGAGACAAGAGCCGCUACAAGGGCAAAGGUGUUUUGAAGGCAGUUGGGCACAUCAACGAUACUCUGGCUCCAGCUCUUUUAGCCUCUGGCAUCAGCGUGGUGGAGCAGGAGCAGCUGGACAACACGAUGAUCGAGAUGGACGGCACAGAAAACAAAUGUGAGUUGAAACCCGACAGGAGCAAAUCGAGAUGA